UACUCCACUAUGACAUCAUGAUAUCUGCUCCAGACUGGUAAAUAAACCUAGUACUAUACGCUCCAUAUCCUCAGCUCUGUGUCUUCUACACUCGCUGAGACUCUGUCUCUAUAGGUGAUCGCUACUGGUUGUAUCUCCACUGCACGGUAUUGUCUGCGACAGGUUAUGGGCCCCGCCUGAACCACUAGUGGCAAAUCUAGAAACAUCGAACUACUUCCUUUACUAAGGCGAGUAUCUUUCACUUGUUCAGCCCUUCUAGAGCGCCGUCUUUGUGCGCUUGUCCCACUUGCUGGAUGUCGGUCCUUGCAUUUGUGCUCUCACCCUCAAGGGGUUACGCGAGCGGCAUCAGGGAGUCAUUCAGUUGGCAGACGCGCUGUUAGCUAUUCCGUCCAUGAUUGCUCGCGCGCGUUUUACGUUACAUCUUUUUAUUGUACAGCGGACAUACCCACCAGGCACUGGUCCUUUGGUCAAUCCCACUCCUGAACCUUGCACAAAGCGCCUAGGUGGUGUGGUAGCUCUCAACAGCUGCUGGAGGUCAAUCCCUCCGCCAGGCAAAACAAUCCUUCGGGGUUGACUCGCAUUCCUCACAAGGGACCCUGCGGGCUGGUGACACUACGAGGAUUCAUGCAAUGACGCUCUGCGUGUAUGCAUGUCUUUAAAAGGGAGAAGAUGGGCGGCCAAACCCGGUGCUUGGGACGGCCUUGGGCACGUGUCCCUUGGCCAGUGACAGACUGCGAGGGCAGUAAUCACCAUUGGGUACUGCCGCCGCUGACGUAUAUAGUUACGUUACUUUGAUACAAAUAUGGGCACUUACUAUACCACUUUAUUUUGUUAUCAUUCCCCACGCGUAUAUGGGCAUCAUGGAUGGGAUGGGGACGCUUGGUUGUUCUCGUUUCAGAGAUUUGGCACUUUGGGAUUUUGUUUCUUGGUCUGCAGAGAAUCUGGGGCUGACUUUGUUGCUCUAGUCUUCAUCUCUAUCACCCUGUCAUCACCAAACGAUCCUCCUGUUGGGGUUAUCCUAUACCCUGUUAACUCUUGGACGACUUUUGGACACUCCUAUCUUCCCAUCGAAUCCAUCACCGGUGACAUCUAUCGGGUUGGUGAUAUCGACAAUCAGAACAGCGAUCAGGCGCAAGGAAAUUUCACCGUCGCGCUUUGUCUUUUGUUUGGAGAUCCUCCAUACGUUGAACCUACCCUUCUCCACCACCACAUCGCCGACGUCAUCGAAUUUCUUCCCACAAUGUCCGGGAUAGAAAAGCUCAACAAUUCCAUCCUGAGCGUCUUUGACGGCACAAACUGGAACACUUGGUCGGACAACUAUAUGAGCAUAUGCAUGCACCAGGGCACUUGGGGGGUUGUGAAACCCUCUUAUAUCAUGGUUAACAGUACACCAGCUGCAAACAUCGGUGCAGUCGAACGUCCUUCAACUGCUGGGGACACCCAGAAUCAAUGGGAUGUUGCCAAUGAAAAGGCACUGGGUCUUGCGCGGGUUUACAUCACCCAGAAUUUGCGCAAAGGAAUCUUUAUGGACGGUCAGAGGGAGCGCACUGCGCGCAAAGUUUGGGCGAAAAUGGCAACGGAUUAUGGCCAACCAAAUGCCAUCAAUGCUUUCGUCGAGUACCGCCUCCUGAACACCACCACCUUCCAUGGUGGUGACACCAUUGAAAAGCAAAUCAUGGAAAUGGAGACUCAUUGUCGCCAGUGUUCAGAAGGAGGAAUCGAGAUCCCCGACUACCUCUUCGCUACUCUCAUGCUCGCCGCUCUGCCCACUUCCAGCAGAGGUUUUGUCACCUCUUACCUGGCCAAUUGUCCUAUCGCUUUCUUGAACCUGGUCAAUGUCAAGAACAGCGUCAUUGGGAAUAUCAAGAUCGAGAACCUUGACAUGACGUUGAACUCGAAGAUUUCCACCGUUCCGUCCCUUGCCACCCGCUGCACUCAUUGUAACAAGUCUGGUCACGUUGCGGCAUCCUGCUACAAAAAGUAUCCCAACCUCAAGCCUACUGGUCAAUCUUCUGACAAAGGCAAGGGGAAGCAGGAUGAGGGGAAGAAGAAAAAGAAGAAGGAGAAGAAGAAUAGUGGUGAUGGUACCAGCACUGUAAACAACAAAGAGGUUGUAGCCGCUCCCGUGGUUGCAGCUUCUUCUUCUAAUGGAAUGCACUUCUUGUCCUAUUUCAUGAGUGAC